CGCGCCAGAAAGGUAGUGAGUUUCAUGUUGUGAAGGCAAGCGUACGAGUGCUAUUUAGGAGUUCUAGAGAAUUACUUAAUUAUUUCGAAUUUAAUUACAUUUAAUUAAUACAAUUAUUAAUUAUUUUAUAUUUUGCUGUUAAUUCUUCGUGAUAUUUAUUCCACAUCAUCAUUAAAUAUGCCAGCUACUCGUUCAAGAACAAGCAGUGCUGAAGUUGCUUCAGAAGUGAGUAAAGAUAGCCCUAAGAAGGAAGUCAAAACCGAUACCCCAGUGGAAGAAUCUCUGAAGGCUGAAAAAGCGGUGGAUGAUGGGAAUAAAGUUGAAGCAGAUUCUAGUGUAGAAACUAAAGGACAGGAAGAAAAUGGAAAUAAAGACCAGUCUGAAGAAAAAGUUGAUGGAGAAGAAAAAAGUGUUGAAAAUGGUGCUUCAGAAAAGGAAGAUGAGAAAGAACAGCCAGAAGAGGAUGGUGUGAAAGAUGCUGAUAAAGCAGUGGAAGAGGAUGGUGAAAAGGAUGCUGAGAAAAUUGAAGAUGGUGAAAAAGAAGGUGAAAAAACAGAUGAGCCUGAAAGUGUAAAACGUAAAGCUGAGGAAAAAGAAGAGGUUGGAGCAAGUCCAAAAAAGGCAAAGUUGGAGGAAGGGAAUGAGGUAGAAAAAGCUUCUGAAGAACCAAAAACAGUUGAACCUUGUGCAUAAAAUUGAAUGGACUUCUUGUACAUUUCUUUCUGUUGUAAGUUAAUUCUGUACAUGAGUCAGUGGUUUUAUUUUCAUUUUACACAAAGCACAGUGGAUGGUGCACAUGAUAUAGUUUAAGAAUAGCACCCUGAAAGAAAAAAUGGCCAUUAUGAUGUUUUUAAUUUAUUUUCCCAACAUAAUUUGUCUUUGGUGAUUUGAUAAUUUAUGUAACAUUAACAGUUGUCAUGUUUAGUGUAGUUCUUCGCGAUCAUUUUUACAGUAAAUGUUUUAAACAAUUUUUUUUAAGGAUAAUUUUGUACUAUGAGUUUUAAAAACUCAUUAAAGCAGUGUUAUCACUAAGAAUUUUUAUGCUAUAGUUGUCAUUUAUGUAUAUAUAGCUUAUUCAGAAAAUGACAGUCUGUCAUGGUAGCUAUUGGAGUGUUCUUUUUCUGUCUAAGAUUUGUCAUCAAAUGUUCCAUUGUCUUCCGUCAUCUGCUAAUAAAGGAAUUUAAUAGUUGA